CCGCAUCAGUUCUGUUCCAGCGCUCGAGCGCAACAAUCGCAACAAAGAAGUGAAGUGUCGAACCGACGCCAGCAGUAUCAGCAACAAGUGUGCACUCCUACAACCAAUCGCAACAGAAAAAUUACGGAACGUUCGACAGGUGCCGGCGAUUUCGCUCUGGUUAUUAUCGAUUCUUUGAAGCCCCUUGAUCGUACGGUGUCGUAGCGUGUCUAAUGCUGCACGAAGGAGCUCCGCAUGUGAUCGUUCUGCAGUAGAUUUGUUGCUCAGACUUACGUGUAGCCCGAGUGGUACUCCAUUGAAGGACCAAGUGGAUUGUGGACGUUAAAUAAAUUAAUUGUGUAAAGUUUUAUGCUAGGAUUGCAUAUUUUAAAAUACUAAAGUGUGUUAAACAGUGAAAGCCGCAUCGGAGUAGUGCUUUCUGGACAACAUUGCCAACAUUAUUCUUACAACAUUGCCUAAAGGAUCGAUACGGUAAAGGUUAGAGGUCAGAGGACAAGAAGCCCGAAAACAGUGCAAAAAUGAUUACCCAUUGGACGCUCCUAAUGGUGGUUACGUUGCUGGCGGUUGGACCGUACCGAGCACUUGGCCGCCCAACGGAACCGGAAACGCAAUCCGUGCGAGUGGAAGAGGUGUACAGCGAGCUGGCCGACGAGUUCCGCCAGCUGCACAACCAAGAGCUGCGUCUGCUACAGUAUCUGGCCGCACAGGCGGAACAUCAGCAGCACGAGGAAGCCUAUCUGCAGCGACAACGUGAGCAACGGGAACUGUUACACGCAGCACGCAACUCACUGCUGGACCAAGGCUCACUUUUGGACGAAAUCCCGGCCGAGUAUGGACCGACAUCUGUUGUAUCGAAUGGAGGAGAUGGAACCGCUGCCGUACCCGCCAUGGUCAAUGGCCGCAGCCUAAGUGCUUACGGAGCGGAUCUGGCCGACCAGACGGAAUCGAUUCAAAGGCAGAUCCCGCAUCAGAAGAGCAAAGCCGAAAAGAAAAAUAAUCACUACAUGUCCUUAUGCCACUUUAAGCUCUGCAACAUGGGCCGUAAGCGCAAUCAACGAUUUUCUCAGUUUUGGAACUAAGAUGCUACCCGUGCUGGACUAAGCGAUCGAGACUACAUCUGCUGAAUCUUUACGGAGAGGACACAUGAAGAUCCAUGCCAAAAGGGAAACGGGGAAGGCUAGCGAGCCAAAACGACACAUUUCACAACAAUAUUACUCAAACCAUUAACCUGCAACGAUUCAAUCAUCCCCCCUCUCCCCAACUGGAGAGCUUUUGGAGCUACGGAAAGGUACGGUUUGUCUGCACAGCACCGUUCACAUUGUAGAGCUUAAGGUCAAACACAUGGCCUGAAGCUAAAGCUAGUACCGGUUGCAUAUAAUGUUAUAUGUGAAUCACAAUACACAAAACACAUGAACGAUUGGAAAGCAUACAAACGCUGUUUAGAAGCCAGUUAUUUAUCAAACUUAAAUUAUUGUUCGAAAUUACUAUUGAUACUUAAACAAAUUAUCUAUUUACAACCUUCAUCUUGAACAUCGCGGAUAGAGGGGACACAAUUUGAUAGAGAAGCUAAGCUCGGGAAAUCUAGAAACCGAGAAAAGGUUAGGACUGAUCGUAUUAGAGUGCCAACUAGUUAAAAGAUAGGCCGGGGAAUGGGUUAUCGAGGAAUGCAUAGAGCGUCAUCGUAUCGCCCUGAAUGGCACAGAUUCACAGUACCAUGGCCAUGAAAACAGGAACAUGUACAAGUAUUCAGAAUACUCGGUUUGUCCUUAAUUUCGACCACGCUUGCGAUCUGUCGGCAUCAAAACUCAUUGUUUUUUCCACCGACCGUGUGGAUCGAGAUGCUGAGGAAGAAGAGCUUUAUAUUAUUUUAUUUUAAUCGAACGAACAAAACGUCCAACGCGUCAUUGCCACAAUCAUCCAAGGAAUUUUAAGUUAGCAUCAACCCUGUAUCGCCCGGAAAACCGGAAACACCCGUGACGGUGCGCGAAACCAAAUCCAGAAGUAAACGAUUCGUAUUACUAGCUUCUAGUGAAUAUUACUAUUUUUAUCGGCUAGGUUUAAUUUUGACAGACUCUCUGAAUCAGUUCAGUUUAGCUAUUGUUUAAUAAGUUUGUGAGUUGAGAAUUAAGGCAGCAAGACUUUAGCGAAAUGAAAUCCAGAAAUACAUGCACCUAAAUUAUACUACACGCUUUUUGGGGAGUCGUUCAUGAUAGCAGCAGCAGUAGCGAGCGGUGGUCACAAUGAUGGAGCAACGCAAGCUGAUGAUUGUCUACGAGGUGAAGACACGGAAGACUGGAGAAGUAUAGCGGCUUCGGUUUUUAGGGAGCAAACAAGAGCUCGGUAUGUUUUAAGUUUUUAAAGGAAAAAAGAAGAAACAAUGGAGAAGCAGAGAGUUUAACGGAACAGUAAAGAAGAAUGAAAACCAAAUCUCUAUUCAUGAACAACCCGUCGUUAUUGGCCAAUGUAUCGAUCAAAACUCUUUGAAAAGAAACUAUAAGACAAUGCUGUAUAUGUGUGUAUAUAUGUAUGGUAGUUGUAAUUAUUAUUGCAAAUAAUAUCAUGGACUCGU